AUUCAAAUUGCGGGAACGAACGGGAAAGGCUCAACGGUCGCUUUUCUCGAAUCUAUCUGCGUUCAGGCGAAAAUCGAAGUCGGCGCGACGGUUUCGCCGCAUCUGAUUUCCGUCACCGAACGCGUCCGCAUCAACGGCAACGGAAUUUCUGAAAAAGAAUUU